CUGUUGCAAGAACACUGGUCCGAAGAAGGAAGCUGUAACAUUUAGCUGAAUUUCUUUGUGGGACGUUAAUAUAGCGUUAUAGCUUAACGCACGCCCCAAUGCGAAGAUGAGCGUGCCAGACUACAUGCAAAGUGCCGAGGACCACCAGACGGUACUGGUGGUGGUCCAGCCGGUGGGCAUAGUACCCGAGGACCAGUUCUUCAAGAUCUACAAACGAAUCUCCAGCGUGAGCCAGGUGAGCAUCAGGGACUCGCAGCGCCUCCUCUACAUCCGCUACCGCCACCACUACCUGCCCGAAAACAACGAGUGGGGAGACUUCCAGACGCACCGCAAGGUGGUGGGUCUCAUCUCCAUCACCAGCUGCGCCUCGGCCAAAGAGUGGCCCCAGACCGCCGAACGCUUCCACGCCCAGAAAGAGGUGUACAGCUCCACGCUGUACGACUCCCGCCUGCUGGUGUUCGGGCUGCAGGGAGAGGUGGCAGAGCAGCAGCGGACCGACGUGGCCUUCUACCCCGGCUUUGACGACUGCUCUGAUGUGGAAAAGAGAGUGGAUGACUUUGUGGAGUCCAUAUUUAUCGUUCUGGAGUCCAAGCGGCUCGACCGCGCCACAGACAAGUCAGGUGACAAGAUACCACUGCUCUGUGUGCCCUUUGAGAAGAAGGACUUUGUGGGUUUGGACACGGAUAGCAGGCAUUAUAAAAAGCGAUGCCAGGGGCGGAUGAGGAAGCACGUCGGGGACUUGUGUCUGCAGGCGGGCAUGCUGCAGGACGCCCUGGUCCACUACCACAUGGCUGUGGAGCUGCUCAGGGGCGUCAAUGACUUCCUCUGGCUGGGUGCUGCGUUGGAGGGUUUGUGUUCAGCCUCCGUUAUCUUCCACUACCCCGGAGGCACAGCGGGGAAGACUGCAGGACGAAAGCCGAGCAUCUCCCAGCCGGCAGACGCAGGCAAACGCCACCGACCAGGAGCUCAGGAGGUUCUCAUUGACCCAGGCACCCUCACGGCCAACGGCAUCAGUGCAGACACCAGCACUGAGAUCGGAAGAGCAAAGAACUGCCUGAGUCCUGAGGACAUUAUCGAGAAGUACAAAGAGGCCAUCUCCUACUAUGGGAAGUAUAAGAACGCCGGCGUGAUCGAGCUGGAGGCCUGUGUGAAAGCGGUCCGGGUGCUGGCCAUUCAGAAGAGGGCGAGGGAGGCCUCCGAGUUCCUGCAGAACGCUGUUUACAUCAACCUGGGACAGCUAUCGGAGGAGGAGAAGAUCCAACGCUACAGCAUCCUGUCCGAGCUCUACGAACUGAUCGGCUUCCAGCGCAAGUCUGCGUUCUUCAAGCGCGUCGCGGCCAUGCAGUGCGUGGCCCCCACCAUCCCGGAGCCCGGCUGGAGGGCCUGCUACAAGCUGCUGCUGGAGACGCUGCCUGGGUACAGCCUGUCACUGGAUCCCAAGGACUUCAGCCAAGGUACCCACCGAGGCUGGGCCGCCGUCCAGAUGCGCCUCCUGCAUGAGCUGGUGUACGCCUCCCGUCGCAUGGGCAACCCCGGCCUGUCUGUGCGCCACCUGUCCUUCCUGCUGCAGACCAUGCUGGACUUCCUGUCUGAUCAAGAGAAGAAAGAGGUGACCCAGAGUCUGGAGAACUACACGUCCAAGUGUCCGGGUGGAAUGGAGGUCAUCACGCUCCCCAAUGGCCUGAAGCUCCCCCCGGUGGCCUUCACCAAGCUCCCCAUCGUCCGAUCAGUGAAGCUCCUCAACCUGCCCGUCAGUCUGCGUCCUCACAAAGUGAAAGGCCUGCUGGGACAGAACAUGUCCACCGCCAGCCCCUUCAUCUACUCUCCAAUCAUCAUGCACAACAGAGGAGAGGAGCGCUGUAAGAAGAUCGACUUCCAGUGGGUUCAAGGAGAUGUUUGUGAAGUACAGCUCAUGGUCUACAACCCCAUGCCUUACGAACUUCGUGUGGAGAACAUGGGUUUGCUGACAUCUGGAGUGGAGUUUGAAUCCCUGCCUGCCGCACUGUCCCUGCCUGCGGAGUCUGGCCUGUACCCCGUCACUCUGGUUGGCGUCCCACGUACAGCCGGCAACAUCACCGUCAAUGGUUACCACACGUCGGUGUUUGGGGUGACCAGUGAUUGCCUGUUGGAGGGCCUGUCUAAUGUGAAGACUAGUGGCUCUUUGGUGGAGGUCAUUCCCGCUCUACCUCGUCUCCAGCUCAGCACAUCACUACCACGGUCAGCCCACACGUCUCAGCCAACGCCCAAAGAGGAACUGUCUAGCUCUGUGUCAGUCCAGCUUUUUAACGGAGAGACCCAGCAGCUGACCAUUACCCUGGAGAACAUUGGAUCUGAGGACAUCGAGACUCUGGAGCUCACCUCUAAGACUGCCAGCACCAAAGAGAAAGUGUUUGGGGAGUUUCUCAGCUGGGAGCUCGAGGACGCUUUGUCUCGCCUGCCUCUGAAGUCCGGCCAGGCCGUGACACUGACCGUAAACAUCAAAGUCAAGCUGGACUUCUCCGGCCAGGAGAGCCUGCUGCAGGACCUCAAUGAUGACGGGAUCAGUGUGAUGGGCCUGCCGAUCUCCAGUCCGCUGCGACAAGUCCUCAAACCCAGGCCGGAGAACAAGAGUGUCGGCAGUGAGUCCGGCAAGGCGGAGUACAGCCAUAUCAAGACUUUGGAAGCCGUUCUGAACUUCAAGUACUCGGGGGGAGCAGGCAAAGUGGAGGGCUACCACAGGGAGCUGUCUUUGGGGGUCCAUGUAGACGUGGAGCCCUCUGUUUUCUUCACCAGAGUCAACACCCUCCCUGCAACCAGCACCCGCCAGUGUCAUCUACUGCUCGACAUCUUCAACCCAACCGAGCACGAGCUCACUGUCAGCGCCAAGAACAACCAGGACCUGGUUCUCCAUGCCAGCGAGUGCCAGAGGAUGGCCAUCCAGGUUGACAAGUUUGACUUUGAGAGUCUGCCACAGCCGGACCAGGAGACGGCUCGCUUCACUAACCCCAAGCAGCUGGAGGAAGAGCGACAGCAUGCCCAGGGCUCCCAGAUCAACAGCAAGCUGGGCAUCUGUUGGAGCAUCCCGUCCCUGCGGCGCCGCGGAGAGGCCAGCGUGGAGGGAGUCCUCAACCAGCUGGUCCUGGAGCACCUACAGCUCGCUCCUUUGCAGUGGGAUGUGUUGGUGAAUGGGAAGCCGUGUGACUGCGAUGUCAUUGCCGACUGUAAAGCGGGUGACGCUGUGACCCUGGAGGUACAACUGACCAAUCGGAGCAAGAACUCAGUGGGACCCCUGGCUCUGACUGUGGUGCCAUAUCAGGACUACCAGAACGGAGUCCAGAACUACGAUUUGGGGGAGGCGGUCACCUUCAUCGGCUCCAACACCUUCUACAUUGACACGGUUAAACCCAAAGAAAACUCCGUCUGUGUCGGUGCCCUGCUCUUCCUCUACACUGGAGAUUUCUUCCUUAAUAUCAAGUUCCAGGACGACAGCGCUGGACGAGAGCUUCCUUUAGCCUGGUUCACUCUGCCCAGUGUCCACAUCCGAGCCCUGGACGCUCAGCCGCAGGCCGGGGCCUGAGGGCCUGGUGGCCUCAUCAUUGUAGCCCUGAGAAGUGAAUGGAUGGGGAGUUUUGUUGAUGUUGUUCUCUGUAAAUACAAUAUUCUUGUGAAUUUAAUCACAUGUAUAUAUCAUUUUCUUAAAGGUUAAAACGUGUGAACAGUUCUCACACGGACACACUCACGGACACACUCCUGCACACAAUCAGUGUGUACUUUGCAAUCUAGCUAAUGAUACAGCGAACAUCUGUACAGUUGGCUGUUAGGGGUGAUUAGAAACAAGCCGUUUCUCUUCCUUUAUGAACACAUCUUGAAGGCUCGGACCUCAAUCAUUUAAUUUCAGUGGAAUCAAUGCAAUCAGUUGACUCACUUGUGCAGACAAAGUUAAUUUUCUUUUGCGUUAAGUUUGAAAAAUGAAUUCUCACCACUGACCAAUAGCAAACUGCAUUAACACUGAACUUCAAGGGGACAUUAUUGUUUUGAAUUAUUAUAUGCUGUCUUAUUAGUUGUGUUGCACCAUGUAACAAGAGAGGCAGUAUGGUUUGCACGGUCAAUGUGAGACAGGAAAAGAUGCUACAAUUGCGCUUACUUGAAUUAAUGUGUUUUACGGUUUGCACCGUUUUAGCUAGCUAGCUUGCUAACCGCUAAAUGCUAGCUAGCUACACUAGUCGCAAUGAGCGGUAGCGGGGGAAUUAAAUGAAAGUAGUCGCUAUGUUGCCAUGCAAAGUUUGCUGUCUUUUUCUGCCAAGAAUUAAUAUCAUUGUCACACUUUUUCUUAUCUUCACAAUGCCAUUUAUUGAGAAGAUUAUUUUGUUACCUUGCAUUUCGAGUUACAAAAUGUCUACUAAAAUAAAAUAAGACUAAGUCAUGUUACUGGGCAGAAAACCUCAGAGCCCCGAUUGAAGAAGAGGAGCUACAAACCAACACCGGAAAUGUGAUUAGCCAGACUCUAUAGCUAGUUAUGUACACAUAAGAUCUAUUUAUUUCUACUGCUGUAUGGAUGUUUUCACUUGGCUCUGUGCCACCACACUGGAUGACUGAUGAACCUGACCGUCAUAGAUUAGCCUAUGUGUGACAUAUACUUGCUGUAAAUAAAUGUUUAAAGAAGCAA